AAUUGCACUUUCCGUAGUGCCGUCACAUGGAUUCAUUAUCAUGGAUUAUCCAAAAAUUAUUUUAUAGGUGGGGAAAAGAAAUUUUCUAUAUAUCAAAGAGAGAAAUUCACAGAAAAAAAACUGAAAUAACUUUAUGUGUAGUCUUCAUGAAAAUUAGAGAUGAAUAGAACCAGACUUCAUUGACUUAUAAGUCAUAGGUCAUAUAAGAUAUGCUAGUUGGAAGUCAAAGUCACGUAAGCAUCAUCUUUUGUGUCCUGUUCUCCAUUUAUAAAACCUCAGAUGCAACGAUGCCAAAUUGUGAUGGCAUGCUGGAUUAUUGUCAAUGCCAUAACAGAUAUAGCAAUUCUAAUGAUGGUGAGGGUAGCGGGGCAAGGAAGAAUUGUUUGAAAGCAUUCGCCAUGCCAGCAAAUUGGUUGGACGCUCAUGAAUCCUGUUUGAGUGAAUUUUCUUACCUAUUGACUAAGGAUAUGAAUAACUCAAUGAUUCAAGAUUUAAGAGAGAGAAAUAUACAGUAUAUCUGGAUUGGAAUAAUUUAUACUAAAGGAUUUUAUGUAAGCAUAUCUAACCAGCAACGUCUCUUCAAGGAAUCAGAUAAAUGGGGUUUAAAGUGGGCUGAGAACGAACCACUUCACGAAUGUGUCUCGUUAAAUACUAUUUCUGGUACACUCGUUACUCGCAGUUGUGGUACAGAGCUCCCGUAUGUUUGUCAUAACAAUGGAUUUCCCAUUUAUCCUGUAGCUGGAAGUUUGGCCUGCCCAAAAGAUUGGUUUUUCUUCUAUCAGAAUCCACUGACUGAGAAAAACUGCGUCAAACCUUUCAAAGUAGAUUCAACCAGCUCAGUUUCUAUACAGGCCGAAGAAACAUGCGAGAAGAUUGAAAGCGAAGAAGCAGACAUUAACCAUUAUAUUGAAUUAUAUUAUGAACUCAGCAAUCUAAACAUACCAGGUUACAAGGCUAAUUCCGACUGCGAUGUAAAAUACAUCGAAACAGUUUUUGGAAGUUCGUUGGGAAAUAAUAUAACAGUAAACUGUUUGGAUAAAAUAUUUAUUUGCGAGCGCGAUCCUAUAGAGAUAAGUGCAACUGUAAAAGUAUUACCAGAGUAUAAAGAAUACAUCUUAAGUACCGAUAUCAAUAAAAGUAUUUUCACAUGUGAAGUGUCUUUCACUAAUCUCAAUGUCAGCGGAAAAGGGAAUCGCUUCUACUACAACUGGUUUAGAAAUGGAGUGCCCAUUAAUGUGCAUGAUUAUUCUUUGCAUCUUGGCUCCUUUCUUGAUCCCAUUAACGCCAACCAGUCUUCGCCUGCCCUCCGCCAAGGUUCAUACAGCUGUAAAGUUAUGCUUGAAGGAUACAAAAUUACUUUUGAGUCACUGGAAUUGGAUUAUUUUUUUUCAGAUCUCUCAACGUAUAUAAUAAAUUUGUACUAUAUUUCACGAAUAAGGCAGUAUAGUGACUUUUCAAAAAUUGAUUUUUCGACCGACAGAAGUCAAUGGAGUGAAGUUAUGACUAAUAUAAUGGAAGCUGUCCCAUCAGCGAUUGGCAAACCAGAAAGGGAUGAUCUAUAUGUUGUACAAAGGAGACAGAAUGGCAGCACUGAACUUCUCCAGUUCCUUUUUUAUAUUAAGAGGAAUGGAAGCGUUCGAACUAUGUUUCGGAGUGAAAAGGGCUUUUACCAGAAACUGCAGCAGAAUAUACAGGAUAGACAAACAAGAAUUAGAGAAUGGUCCACUGCCUCUGUGGAGUUACUGAGUGCUGAUGUUUGCUUCGAAACGACUGUUUCUUCAUCAGAAACCUCAUACAAGGAUACUUUAGUCUGGUUAGAAACGAAUCAUACAAAGUUUGCGAUGUCUGAACCCAUGUGCCUCAAUGAUUGGAGACUGAUUACCAGAGAAUGCAAGCCUAGUGCUAUCAAUGGAGCUCAAUGGCAUCCUUUCGAUUAUUCAAAAUGCACAAAAUACCAGCCGGCUGUUAAAGAAAUGGAAACUACAUGUCCUAAUGGUUUCAAAAUUUUGGAUCAAAACCUUUGCUAUGUUAUUUACAAAGACAGAAAAACUUUUGAUGAAGCAGAGGAAAUAUGCCAUAACAAAUCCAGUUUUUUAAUGGAUUUGGAAUCAUUACGAAAAACAAAACUACUUUCUGAAUUAGAUAAUAUAUUCAAUUUCACGGAACUUCCACUUAGGUAUUGGAUCUCUGAAAGGACAAGUAUACCGAGAUCACCGAUUAUGAACUACAGUGGCUUGCAUAAAAACAAUUCAAAUUUCCAUUGCAUUGCUGUUAAUCGAAUGAAUAAAAUUCUUCAGUAUAAUAUUGUGGACUGUGAACCUACAAGAAGACUUGCAUUCUCUUGUAUUCAUCAGCCAUUCACACUGCUUACUUCAUUCAUGUUUUCAAAAUCUUGGCACAAAUUUACAAAGAAACAUACUUGUUAUUAUGUUGAUCACAAGAAGAAAACAUGGGAGGAGGCAAAAGAAUCUUGCCAAGCGUUUCCAACCAAAUCGACGCUUCUCCAAAGCAUUCGGAAUUUGAACGAUUACUCUUUGUUCAAAACUUUUCUGCGGACGCUGAGACCAGUUUUAAAAGGAACCUCUUGGUGGAUGAACCUAUUUCAAGAAGAGGACAUUAUAAAAUGGUCAAGCACUCUAGAUGAAUCAGUGACUUUCGUGGACUGGGAAAGGCAUACCAAUUUCAGCAUGAAUAGCUCUGGAGGCGUUCUUACUUUGGAAUCUGAAACUCACAGCAACAUUGCCUGGUCUCUGAAAGAGCCAUUAUCAAAUGAGCGUUCUAUAUGUGAAAUGCAGACCUGUGCAGAUACUCGAAAGUUUAAGCAAUGAGUCCACCUUUUGUAUAUAUUGAAAAUAAGACAAAACAUAAAAGGAGGCAUGUUUCCGGCGAUAUUCCUUAUGUGAAUUUGAAAUGUA